AUGGCGGCUUGUUCGCUGCUCACCGUCUCCCUCCUUCUAAGCUCGCUCUUCUUACCUGCAUUGUCCACCACGUUCACGCUGACCAACUCCUGCGCUUACACGGUGUGGCCGGGGCUCCUGUCCAGCGCGGGCACACCAACACUGGACACCACGGGCUUCGCGCUGGCGCCGGGGGAGUCCCGCGCCGUGGAGGCGCCCUCCGCGUGGUCGGGCCGCCUGUGGGCGCGCACCGGCUGCGGGUACGACUCCAACGGCCGCUUCUCCUGCGGCACCUGCGACUGCGGCUCGGGCGCCAUGGAGUGCGCCGGCGGCGGCGCGGCCCCGCCCUGCUCGCUCGCGGAGUUCACCCUCGCCGGCUCCGGCGGCAACGACUUCUACGACGUGAGCCUCGUGGACGGCUACAACAUCGCAAUGGCCGUGCUCCCGCAGCUUGCGGACGGCGCCGCCGCAGCGGACGGGGCGGGGUGCGCGGCCACGGGGUGCAGCGCGGACCUGAACGGUCCGUGCCCGGCGGACCUGAGGGUUUCCGGCCCCGACGGCGCCGGCAUCGCCUGCAAGAGCGCGUGCGAGGCGUUCGGCAAGCCCGAGGACUGCUGCAGCGGGGACUUCGGGACCCCCGCGGCGUGCCGGCCGUCGGCGUCUUCCAUGUUCUUCAAGAACGCGUGCCCGCGCGCAUACAGCUACGCUUAUGAUGAUGCGACGUCCACCUUCACCUGCGCCUCCGGCACCGCCGGCUACCUCCUCGUCUUCUGCCCCACCACCACCGCCAUCGCCAGCCUCAAGUCGACCGUCGGCGUCACGAACUCGUCGCCGGCGCUGCCCGUCGUCAACAACACGGUGUCCAACCUCGGCCGCAGCCGCGACAGCGGCAGCGGGUGGCCGUAUGCGCCGAGCUCCAGCCACGCCUCGACGUCCUCGGCGUCGAGCCCAAUCACUCUCGCCGUGGUCACCGCCUUCACGUGGCACUUCAUCACCCGUCGCCACUGGCUGCCGCCGUCGUAG